GAGACCAACCAGACGGUGUGGCAGCGGCCCGAGGGGCCCAACGUCAAAGUAGUGGACGGCAGCACCGCCCUCGCAGCCCAGACGAACACCGCCCCGGUGACGUGGUUCAGGUGCUGCACGCCGCAGAACCAGUUCUACUACAACUGCCCCGCCACUGGGCAGACGGUGUGGGAACGCCCCAGUGGUCCUAACGACCACAUCAUGGACCACCCUGCCAUGCCUCAACAGCACCAGCAGGCCGCCUGCCAGGCUAUGUCGCCCAUGGGCGCGUACGGUGCGAUGCCGGGGUGCAUGCCUGGCAUGAUGCCAGGCAUGGUGCCAGGGAUGAUGCCAG